AUGGAUGUGGCUGAGACAAUAUAUGAUAGAGACCUUAUAUCAGAGUAUUGUGACCUAUUAUAUCAUGCACAGGCAGUUUUGAAUCAGAUCUUAUCUAUUGAGGGGGCUAUUGCAUUCUACCAGGAUCUUCUAUUUGCUCUUACACAGUUGUUAGACCCCAUUGGCAAUGAUAUCAUCCCCAGAAUUUUGACGGAGGCUGACAAUUUGGCACUAAACCGCGUCCAUUUGAUUCAUAAGGACGUUAUUCAGGACGAUGUAUACAAGAUAGUCUUGGAUUUCUUUGAUGGCGACCAUCUUCCACAGGGUUUUGUUGCUACUAUUAUAGUUUUGCUCUCUAAGAGGGACGGUGCUUGUAGAUGGACUGACUUUAGACCUAUCAGUCUUUGUACUGUGUUCAAUAAGCUUAUUACUAAGCUUUUGAACACUAGAUUGAAUACAUUAUUAUCGCACAUUAUCUCUCCACAACAGAGUGGGUUCAUUCUUGGUCGCAUAAUUGGGGACAAUGUUCUAUUAGUUCAGGAGCUCUUCCAUACGUUAGAUAAUAGAACGCGAGGGGGUAACACGAUGCUGAAGCUAGAUAUGACUAAAGCAUAUGAUUGCAUGGAUUGGAGCUUCAUUUAUUCUGUAUUAGAAGCAUUUGGAUUUGAUCGGAUCUGGAUCGAUAGGAUUAGGCAGUGCAUCUCGGAGUGUCAUUUUUCUGUACUCCUAAAUGGCCGUCCAUGUGGUUUUUUUCCAUCUUCACGAGGGCUCAGACAGGGAGAUCCUAUCUCACCAUCCUUGUUCAUCAUAGCUGCAGAUUACUUCUCACACCUGCUCAUUCAGAGCAGUAGCCGUUCACUUAUCUGGGAGUCCCCAUAUUCAAGAGGACUAAGAGGAGCUUCAUUUAUGAUGACCUUAUCCAGAAGGUUAGGAAUAAGAUCUCGGGUUGGGCUUCACGACUUCUUUCAUAUGGGGCUAUAUUAUUUUGCUGAGGAUUCCAAAGAACAGGCACGACGUUUUCAUUGGCGGAGCUGGAAAGAGAUUUUUCUUCCUACUGAUGAAGGUGGUCUAGGCUUCAGGAGGUUACAGGAUGUGGUGGACACCUUCUGCAUGAAGUUUUCAUGGUUGUUCCGUUCCCAGAGAUCUCUUUGGGCCCAAUUUUUACGGGACAAGUAUUGUACAGGGACACACCUUUUAUUUGCAAUAGUUCCUUACUCAGUUUCUCCUAUCUGGAAGAGGCUGAAAUUAGUUGGACCCUGGACAGAGCCAUACAUUGAUGGGAGAGACCACAUUGGCAUCCUUAUUUCCACAUCGGUAGCAUACAUCUUCGAGGGUGAGAGGGAGUCAGAUAGAGAUUCUAGAGAUAGAGAUAUUCUGGACACUAUGUUCGUUGUGGACACAUUUACAUUAUCAUUCCUCUACUCAUAUUUUGGUGCCUAUGGACCGCAAGGAAUGAUGCUAAGCAUAUGGGAAUUCACAUUGUUGCUAAACAUAUCAUUUGGAAGGUUAUCGCAUGAUCUACUUUUUUCAUAUGGGAGGACUGCUUCGUGUGAUGCAUUGCGAGGGGAUUUGACACUUGCAACCAUAUUUGGUAUUUUUAUGGACCCCCAUUCCCCAUCUCUCCCUAUUCUAGUUUGGUGGCAUACUCCACCAAUCGGAUCUGUCAAGAUCAAUACUGAUGAAUACGUUAAGGAUGGUUUUGCGAGUACUACUGUUACUGUUACUGUAAUUGUUGAUCAUCCCCAGUUUCUUCAUGUUAGAGUUGAGGAUCCCAAAUUAGCACGUCCUAUCUAUCUGACUCCUGUCUAUGCUUCAUGUGAUGUGACUAUCAGGAAGGACUUGUGGGAGGGUCUUCACCACAUUUCCCUCGAAAUGGACGACCUUGAUUGUGGUUUAGAUGAUGCUAGUUUCCAGGGAAUCGGUAUACUUGGUCCAACAGUCGAGUCAGAAAGAGACUGGAUAGGGGUAGUUGUAGCUGAGACAAUAUAUGAUAGAGACCUUAUAUCGGAGUAUCGUGACCUAUUAUAUCAUGCACAGGCAGUUUUGAAUCAGAUCUUAUCUAUUGAGGGGGGGUUUUUGGAAGCAAAAGGCCAGUUCACAUUAGCUAUUGCAUUCUACCAGGAUCUUCUAUUUGCUCUUACACAGUUGUUGGACCCCAUUCGCAAUGAUAUCAUCCCCAGACUUUUGACGGAGGAUGACAAUUUGGCACUAAACCGCGUCCAUUUGAUUCAUGAGGUUCGAGAGGUAGUGUUUAGUAUAGAUGCUGACAGUGCUGCCGGAUCGGAUGGAUUGUCAUCCAUAUUCUUCCAACAUUGUUGGGACGUUAUUCAGGAUAAUGUAUACAAGACAGUCUUGGAUUUCUUUGAUGGCGACCAUCUUCCACAGGGUUUUGUUGCUACUAUUAUAGUUUUGCUCCUUAAGAGGGACGGUGCUUGUAGAUGGACUGACUUUAGACAUAUCAGUCUUUGUACUGUGUUCAAUAAGCUUAUUACUAAGCUUUUGAACACUAGAUUGAAUACAUUAUUAUCGCGCAUUAUCUCUCCACAACAGAGUGGGUUCAUUCUUGGUCGCAUAAUUGGGGAAAAUGUUCUAUUAGUUCAGGAGCUCCUCCAUACAUUGGAUAAUAGAACUCGAGGGGAUAACACGAUGCUGAAGCUAGAUAUGACUAAAGGAGAUCCUAUCUCACCAUCCUUGUUCAUCAUAGCUGCAGAUUACUUCUCAUGCCUGCUCACUCAGAGGUUUCAGGAUUAUCCCAGUAUGUGUUAUCGGUAUAGAGGUAAUACUCUUGUCUCACACCUUUCAUUUGCUGAUGAUAUGAUCAUAUUUGCCAACGAUCAGAAACAGUCUAUCAAGAGGAUUCUUGGUUACUGGAGCAUUAUGAGGGGGUCUCUACAGCAGCCGUUCACUUAUCUGUUCAAGGGGGCUAAGAGGAGCUUCAUUUAUGAUGACUUUAUCCAGAAGGUCAGGAACCAGGAUCUCAGGUUGGGCUUCACAACUUCUUUCAUAUGGGGGUCGUAUUACUUUGCUGAGAGAUCUAUUUGGGCCCAUUUCUUAUGGGACAAGCAUUGUAAUGGGACACACCCUUUAUUUGUAGUAGUUCAUUACUUAGCUUUUCCUAUCUGGAAGAGGCUGAAAUUAGUUGGACCCCGGACAAAGCCAUACAUUGCAUGGUACCUUGGUGUAGGUCAGAUUUUCUUUUGGCAUGAUAGCUGGAUGGGUGAGACCACAUUGUCAUCCUUAUUCCCACACCGGCAACAUACAUCUGCGAGGAUGCCCCAGAUCGAAUUGUCUGGCGAAAUACAUCAGAUGGUACCUUCGCUACUAAGUUCGCAUGGCAGCUCGUACGUUCAGGGCACCAGUAUCAAGAUUCAUACCGAUUACUAUGAAGCUCCAUUUUGCCUGUCAAUGUCUCAUUCUUCUACUGGAGACUAUGGUUUAUCGCAUGAUCUACUUUUUUCAUAUGGGAGAACUGCUUCGUGUGAUGCAUUGCGAGGGGAUUUGACACUCGCAACCAUAUUUGGUAUUUUUAUGGACCCCCAUUCCCCAUCUCUCCCUAUUCUAAUUUGGUGGCGUACUCCACCAAUCGGAUCUGUCAAGAUCAAUAAUGAUGAAUACGUUAAGGAUGGUUUUGCGAGUGAGGCAAACGUCAUCAAAGACCAUGCAGGACACUGUAUUAAGGCUUUCUCAGCUUCGCAUAGACCAUGCUUGAAUUCCCCGUUGCACUAA